AUGGGAGCAGGUAGUAUCCAGGAAGCUCAAGUUUACACCUUGAUGUGUUGCAGGUUGGACAACAUUCCUUCCUCAACAGUGGACACGUCUGCCAGAUUUCAUGGCAUGUAACGCUGGCUGGAUUAUUUAUUUCCUCAACAGUCAGGCGGACACUAACCAGAGCAACAAUGGCCGGCGAAAAUGUGAGUGUGGUGUUCAAGCUGUACUGCCUGACAGUGAUGACACUGGUGGCAGCUACAUACACGGUAGCACUACGAUACACAAGGACCAUCUCAUCAGGGGACCUGUACUUCUCCACGACCGCAGUGUGCAUCACUGAGGUUAUUAAAUUAAUACUGAGCAUGGGGAUGCUCGCAAAAGAAACAGGAAGCCCCAUCAGGAUGAAGAAUGCCAUAGUGGAACAUGUGUUCUGCAGCCCUAAAGAGCUGCUGAAGCUGAGCGUGCCCUCAGUAGUGUAUGCAGUACAGAAUAACAUGGCCUUCAUCGCCCUGAGUAACCUCGAUGCAGCAGUUUAUCAGGUGACUUAUCAGCUGAAGAUUCCAUGUACGGCGCUGUGCACAGUGUUAAUGCUGAACCGCUCUCUGAGCCGGCUACAGUGGUUCUCUGUCUUCAUGCUCUGUGGGGGCGUCACACUCGUACAGUGGAAACCCGUAGAGGCCACGAAAGUUCAGGUCGAGCAGAACCCUUUUAUUGGCUUUGUGGCCAUUGGUAUUGCUGUCCUCUGCUCUGGGUUUGCAGGUGUGUACUUUGAGAAGGUGUUGAAGAGCUCAGACACAUCUCUCUGGGUGAGAAACAUCCAGAUGUAUCUGUCGGGCAUUGUCGUCACCCUCCUCGGUGUUUACAUGACCGAUGGCGAUAAGGUCAUGGAGAAAGGCUUCUUCUUCGGUUACACACCCUGGGUGUGCUUUGUAGUAUUUCUGGCCAGUGUGGGAGGUCUGUACACAUCGGUGGUGGUGAAGUACACUGACAACAUCAUGAAGGGCUUCUCUGCUGCGGCCGCCAUUGUUCUCUCAAUGGUGGCGUCUGUCCUCUUGUUUGGAUUAAAGAUAACGUUCACAUUCAUGUGCGGAGCCCUCCUUGUGUGUGUGUCCAUUUAUCUGUAUGGACUUCCAAAGCAGGACACAUCCAAGCUGAGCCGGCAGGACACGGACAAGGAAUCCAAACAGAAACUGAUCGAUGUGUGACCUCUAUCACCACAGUGGACUAGGUCUGUGUUGGGGUCGCUCUGUGGUGACAUGGUGGUGGAGUCCGUGCACUGGUGGGGGAGAGGAUUUGAGAGCCACUCCUGUUAUUUUUCAAACAGACACUCAGUUUGAUUGGCUCUCUGUUUAGUACUUAGAUGUAGGUCUGUAAAUGCUUUGCAGCCACCUACGUGCGACUGGUGAUGGUACCAUGAAACACAUGAUUUGAACAAACUUUAAUUUUUUUAUGCCAAAAUGAUUUGGGCAAUCGACUGAUAUAAAAGAGAAACUGGCCCUUUUUAAGAAGUUGCUUUUAACAUAUGUAAAUAACUUUAAGCAUCAGUGACGUCUUGUAACUCCACCUCAGCCAGAGUGGAGUCAUAAGUAGUACCAGAACUUUGUUACUCUCGUUUUGAUGCCUCCGCGUAUCUUAUAGGAGACACAUAUAUCACAACUCCUUGUCAAAGAGUGUUUUUAUUUUCAAUCAGCAGUUAGUCUGUUUCAAACUGCAGUGCGAGUGUCUUAUGUCCAUAUCACUGUUGAUUCUGAAUGUGAGAACGUACUAGAAGAAUGGCGACAAACUGCAUGUGUGGUUUAUAAUAUCAUCUCCAGUGUCUUGCAUCUUUUGUAUCACUGUAGCAUCAUUUGUGCUGAAUCCUGUUUUUGAAGUCGUUUUAAUGCUUUUAUUAAAACUGGAUGGAAAUGUGUUAAUUUACAAA